AUGAAUCUAUGGCUAUUGGCCUUUGCGGUUCUGGCUACCGCGCCAAAAGCCUUUGGCCAGAGCAUUGGCUCAAGUCUCGAUGCUGUGGCAAAGAUGCCCUCAUGUGCUCGCGAGUGCUUUGUUAAAUCGCUUACCGCGUCACCAUGUCAGCCGACGAACACAACUUGCGUAUGCACGAACCCAACGCUGCAGCAAAAUAUGCAAGGCUGCGUCUUGCAAAGCUGCACAACCAUAGAAGCUUUGCAAACAAUGAAUUUGACAUCUGUAGCCUGCGACCAGCCCAUCAGAGACAAAUCACAAAGAUACAUUGCCCUCAGCAACACCUUUGGUAUCUUGUCUGGCAUUUUUGUUUUUCAACGACUUGCGUAUAAGCUUUGGGCUCGGUUGGGACUGAGUGGGGAUGAUUGGGUGGCUUUGGCGACCAUUAUCUUGGGCAUCCCAAGCACCACCAUCAGCGCUCAUGGAGUGACGAAACCCGGGCUGGGUCGUGAUAUUUGGACCCUGCAGCCUGCAGAGAUUACUAGGUUUGGUCUUUUUUUCUGGAUUAUGGAGGUGGGCUAUUUCGCAGAAGUCUCUAUGAUCAAACUCUCCGUCUUGCUCUUCUACAUCCGCAUCUUCCCAAGCCCCGGGGUACGUCGCCUGCUCUGGGGAACCUUUAUCUUCACCACGCUUUUUGGUAUCGCAUUUGUCCUUGUUGCUAUAUUCCAAUGCACACCCGUCAAGUUUUACUGGGAAAAAUGGGAUGGUUUACACAAAGGCACCUGCUUAGACAUAAACUCUAUUGCUUGGACAAAUGCUGCCAUCAGCAUUGCGGUUGACAUAUGGGUUUUGGUCAUUCCCCUGUGGCAGCUCAAGAGUCUCAACUUGGACUGGAGGCGCAAGCUUGGCGUUGGGCUCAUGUUUUGCCUCGGUGCUUUUGUUACCGUCGUGAGCAUACUGCGUCUUCGGUCUCUUAUCCAAUUUGGCAGCGAUAGUAUGAAUCCUACGUGGGAUUUUUACGAUGUUAGCGUUUGGUCCGUUGUGGAGAUCAAUGUCGGACUCAUCUGUAUCUGCUUGCCUUCCCUCCGCCUUCUUCUCGUCCGCAUCUUCCCCAAGCUUCAGGGCACAACGGAGCGCUACUAUGGAAAGAACUCGAAACGAAAUCGAACAGCAAGUAACAAACGGUCAAGCCGACUUCCCCUGGGGCAUAGCGCCGGUUCGCACGUGGACAGGUCACAACCUCAUCCUAAUAUCGAGGCCAACCGGAUUGCGUACCACACAUCAUACACAGUCGAGUAUGGCGACAACGAUGAGGUUCAACUUGUCAACAUGAACGAUAAAUACAGCGCUAGGUCAGAAGUCAGAUCCGAUGUAUCAUAA